AAACACACACGUGUCGGAAGGCCCAAAAGUUGCAUUUAUCAACAUACAACCCUGUGUACCACAAUCACGCUGCCAGAAGAUCUUUGAUCGCGAUUGGCGGGUCCGACGCUCCUAGCCAUUCCAACCGACGAUCUGUAAGAGGAGGCGCUUGAGGUUGACGCACCAAAAAUGAUACGCUCACCCGCGACUCUCGCUCGGUGUGCGCUUAUCCAGAUACGGAAUGCGUCCACUGCGACAUCAUCUGCCCCCCAGCUGAAGACAUUUUCUGUUUACCGGUGGAAUUCCGACAAACCUGGACAGAAACCUCACAUGCAGGAUUACAAGGUGGAUCUCAAUGACUGCGGGCCGAUGGUGUUGGAUGCUCUAAUCAAGAUUAAGAAUGAACAAGAUCCCACACUCACUUUUCGUCGCUCAUGCCGCGAAGGCAUUUGUGGUUCAUGCGCGAUGAACAUCGGUGGACGGAAUCAUCUAGCAUGUGUUUGGGAAAUUGACCGAAAUCUAGGCAAACCCACGAAAAUUUACCCACUCCCUCACAUGUUUGUAAUCAAAGACUUGGUGCCAGAUAUGAGCAACUUCUAUGCACAAUAUCGCUCGAUCGAGCCGUAUUUGAAGAAGAAGGGCGUGUCGGAGGAGGACAUUGGCCGAGCAACAUAUUAUCAGUCCGUUGAGGAUCGUGCCAAAUUAGAUGGACUUUACGAAUGCAUCUUAUGCGCAUGCUGCACCGCCUCUUGCCCCUCGUACUGGUGGAACGGGGAUAAAUACCUGGGUCCCGCUGUCUUAUUGCAGGCCUAUCGAUGGUUGAUCGACUCUCGGGAUGAUUAUACUUACGAACGACUUACCAAUUUUCAAAACGAAUGGUCACUUUAUCGAUGCCACACAAUUAUGAAUUGCACGGAAACGUGUCCGAAGGGCCUGAAUCCUGGCUUGGCAAUCGGUGAGAUCAAGAAGAUGCUUAUCAGCUAUAGCAAGUUCAAAGAUAUGAAGCCUGCAACAGCCACCGUUUGAUUACACGAAUCCAGCCUAAUGGAGACCAUAGCAUCCUUAUAACCCAGUAGUAUUUUGUCGUUUGGUUUUUUCUUUCUGUUUCUACUACAGUGUGUGUAAUGCGAAAAUUGAGUUAUGUACCGUACAGGCCGUUGCUGCACGUAAUUUGUUUUGCGAUAUAGCGCAUAUUUGUGGGGCUGAAAGACAUUGAAUACCAAC